AUGGCAGCCAAAAAGCAGUCAUCGUUACUUUCAUUUUUUAUACGGGAUCCAAACUCUAAAAGUACACGACAAAGUGCACUUGUGGAAAAUCAAAUGAUGAAUACUCCGAAAAACAGCACUCCGCUUAAAGCUUCGUUGAGUGAAGCAGGUGUCGAUGUUGAAAAUCUUGUACAGAUAGAUGAUCCUACUUCAAGUAAACUAAUAGAGCAGUCAUUGAGUGGAGUAUUAGCGGGGGAGUUGUCGUCGGUAAGAAAAUUAAGUGCUCUAAAGCGUCGGCGUGUCUUGAUUUCUUCUGAUUCGGAAGACGAUAAUGGCGAGAUAGAAAAAAUAGACGAGACCGAUAAGAAAAUAACGAAAAGCAAAAAAGCAAGAAGCAGUUUACCGCCCCAAGUGACAUCUUUGAAAAGACCUGAUGUUUCUAAGCCUGUUAGUAGUAAAAAACUGAAUCGUUUAUCGAAUACAUCUGGAUUUUCAUCAGAAUCGAGUCGUCAAAUUGAUGGAAAUAAGUCGCUUGAAAAUCCCGUUUCAUUAUCGACAUCUGAAGGAGAUCUUGAAUGUGCACGAUUUCCUCAUUUAGACUUUGAGUUUCUUCAACCUGAUCGCAUUCGUGAUGCAGCUGGACAUUUGAGUAGUCAUCCAGACUAUUGUCCACGUACUUUGUAUGUACCUGAAGCGUUCAUGAAGAAACAAACACCGGGUCAUCGACAAUGGUGGGCGGCUAAGUCAGCAUUUUUCGACACAAUAUUAUUUUUCAAAGUUGGGAAGUUUUACGAACUCUAUCAUAUGGAUGCAGUUGUGGGUGUAGAAAAUUUGAAUCUCAAUUAUAUGAGAGGUAGUUUUGCGCAUUGUGGUUUUCCUGAAAUUGCCUAUGGGCGUUUUGCUGAUCAGCUGGUUAAUCGGGGAUAUAAAGUUGCUCGCGUCGAACAAACCGAAACACCAACACAGUUAGAAAAUCGAAAUAAAGCAGAGAAAAUUAAUGAUAAAGUUGUUAGGAGAGAAGUUUGUAAUAUAACAACUCCGGGUACUAGAACUUGUGGAGUGCUUGAUGGUAAUGAUGAGCAAAAUGCUUUGGAUUCGAUGGAUGCGACCGCCCGAUAUUUAUAUGCUAUUGCUGAGAAAGAAACGGAUACGACAGAAUAUGGUGUUUGUUUUAUUGAUACAACUGUUGGCCGGUUUUAUAUUGGUUGUCUUUCUGAUAGUGAUAGUCGUUCGUCUUUGAGGACUUUAUUCGCGAAUUAUCAACCUGCUCAGAUUUUAUUUGAGCGAGGCCGAGUUUCAUCAUUGACAAUGACUGUAUAUAAUAGCGCGGUAAGUGCAGUGCCAAAAGAAGCGCUCGUUCCAAAGAAAGAAUUCCUUAGCUCUGAACACACUUUGAAAUUGCUAGCUAACGAUAAAUACUUUGGUGCAUCGUAUGAUAAAUGGCCUGUGGCUUUAUUGGACAUGAUCGAUAAAGAUAGCCUCAUUCCAAAGUGUAAUCCUUCUUAUGAUGCAUGUAUUUCAGCUUUAGGAGCUGUUGUUUGGUAUUUGAAAAGAUGCUUAAUUGAUGUUGAUAUGAUUUCCAUGCGACAGUUUGAGGUGUACAAACCAGUGAGCCUUACAGGACCUUUGUUACAUGAGAAGGCAAAAUUUUCUCUUGAUCAUUCUGAAGGUAGUAAGCGAUUUUGGCGUGGUCGUCGUUUAGUCUUAGACAGUCUUGCACUAAAACACCUUAAUAUAAUACCACUUGAUGGAAAUAAAAAAGCUAAGCAGUGGGACCCAGUCACCGCGAAAUAUACACUUUAUAAUGUGAUUAACAAGUGUAUCACUUCGGCAGGUAAGCGGCUUCUUAGGCAAUGGGUUUGUGCUCCUGUUUGUGAUUGUGAAAUCAUAGAAUCACGGCAAGAUGCUAUCGAAUGGCUGUCCAAACUGGAACUAAAAAAAUUUAUCGGUGUAGCCGAAGAACACUUGCGUAAAGUACCUGAUCUCGAGCGUUUAGUUCAGAAAAUACAUACAUUGGGAUUGAAAUAUCGUGCAGAUGAGCACCCCGAUAGCCGUGCGCAACUGUUUGAAACUAUGCGUUAUAACAAAAGAAAAAUACGUAAUCUAGUGCAAGCUUUAGAGGGUUUUGAGCGCAUUCAAGACCUUCAUGAGGAAUUUGUGACAAAUUUCAGUCAAAACCGAAAAACAGUCCCUUUUCUUUUGGAGCGAUGUCUUGGGAAGGAAUUUCCUGACGUAUCUCUUGAUAUUGAACAUUUUAAAUAUAACAAAAGAAAAAUACGUGAUCUAGUUCAAGUUUUAGAGGGUUUUGAGCGCAUUCAAGACCUUCAUGAGGAAUUUAAUGCGUUUAGUCAUGAGAAGGCCUUAGAAGAAGGAAUUAUUGUACCAGAGAAGGGUGUGAUUCAGGAAUAUGACGAUGCAGUGCUUAAUGUAAACAGUUGUAUUCAUGAGUUGAACACGUAUUUGAAUGUUAUUCGAAAGCAGUUAUAUUGUUCGAGCAUCAACUUUUUCGGAAGCGGGCGUUCACGCUAUCAGUUAGAAAUACCAGAAGCAAUUGCUGCAAAUCUUGGAGAUGACUUCGAACUCAGAUCUUCUCGAAAAGGAUACAAAAGAAUGACUACCGAAGAGUUAGUGAAAUUGGUGCAAAAUUUGGAUGGGGCUGAAAAUCAGCGCGAUAUUUUACGACGUGAUGUAAUGCGCCGUUUAUUUGCUGAUUUUGGAGAUAGGUCUUGUAAAUGGUUAUCAGUUAUUGAGCGUUUGGCUAUAUUUGACGUUCUUCUUUCUCUAUCUCGUUACCAUCACGAUUGUGGUUUGAAGAUGUGCCGUCCUCAGUUUAUUCAGAACAGUGAUAAGUGUGUCUUAAAAAUCAAAUCUGGUUACCAUCCAUCUCUUGCUGCAUUAUCUGCAUCAGGAAAUGGCUUUACUUAUAUUCCAAACACUGUAUCAUUAGGAGGAGAUACACCUUCGACCAUAUUAUUGACAGGACCGAACAUGGGUGGAAAAUCAACUUUAAUGCGACAAGUCGGUGUACUUGUCGUACUUGCUCAAAUCGGUAGUUUUGUGCCCGCAGACGAGAUGAAACUAACACCAGUAGAUCGAAUUUUCACUAGAAUGGGUGCGGGUGAUCGAAUUACUGCAGGACAGUCUACUUUCUAUGUUGAGCUGUAUGAAACCAAUUCCAUUUUACGGAAUGCGACGAAGCAUUCUCUGGUGAUAAUGGAUGAACUUGGUCGAGGAACAAGUACUUACGAUGGCACUGCUAUAGCAUAUGCAGUUCUUUUGGAUGUCUCAACUAGAUUAUUAUGUCGUGCUUUCUUUUCCACUCAUUAUCACAGCUUAUGCUUAGCUGUCAAAAAUGUCAGCAAUAUCAAAGCAAUGCAUAUGGCUUGCAUUGUCGAAAAUGAAAAUGCCGAAGAUCCUACUAUCGAGGACGUUACUUUUUUGUACACCUUGGCUGAUGGGACUUGCCCUAAAUCUUAUGGGUUUUUUGUUGCGAAAUUAUCGGGACUCAAAAAAGAGGUUAUUCGAACGGCAUUUUUUGCUUCACAGCGUCUCAAUGAAAGAAAAACUCCAAAGAAUCAUAUGAUGGAAUUGCGGCGACUCGCGUUUGAUAGUGAAUGUAGUGCUGACAAACUGAAGGAAGUGAUUGAUUUAGUUCUCAUUUCUUCCUGA